AUUUCUGGGAAAGAGAGAGAAAAAGAUACGUGUCUUUCUUUCAUUUCCCGCAUCGUCUCUUUGGGUGAGAAUGUCCGACGCGGUGCUGAAGAAGGGAGAUAGUAAUACCUUGAGUGAUAAGGAACACGAUGCUGCUGUUCUACCACCAGACCAGCCGUUAAAUGAAUUAACAUCACCAAGUUAUGCUGACAGUAACACAUUGAGUGUUAAGGAACUCGGUGCUUCUCCACCGCCACCACCGCCACCGGUACCGCCGCCUCCGACCUACAAGCCGUCAGCACAGGGUUUUGUUGAUAUAAAAUAUGAUUGGGCUCUGAGCGCUCUCUUUAGCUGUAUGGGGAGCUUCCUCCCCCCGGCCCCACCACUUGGGAGUCCAGUGGCCAUAAAAUUGCCUUCUACUCCUCAAGACGAGCUGAAGAACGAGUUACUGGAUGCUAUUCUUCUACCGGAACCCAAACCGGGCAAGCGGGCGGUAUAUAUACAGUCACCAACUCCAUCUAACAUGGAAUAUCGAAGAACCUUUCAUCAUCGGUACACUCCUUGUCCAACUUAUAGUCCCACUGCCCCUGGCGGUUACAAUUACUCUCAAUCUCAGGAUGCUAUGCACGCCAAGCCACUGCUCUUUGCUAAAAUCGCACUCCAUUGCUACAAUCUCGAAAAGGGGACACACUUUGAACGUUUGGGUCUGCCUCGAGCUUAUGACCAGACCUUAGAGGCAAGGGAUCCAGCACGCAAUUACACUUGCAGGUUUGAAACAAAUGUUCGGCUUGCCACUGAGAAUAAAGAUUGCUUCCAUGUUAUCACAACCUGCUGCAGGCCCUUGCCCCCACCUCCUCCUUCUGGGGAAGAUGUAUUCCAAUGUGGAUUUGACACACUCUCCGUGGAUGAGCUUUUCAAAGGCAACAUGCCCGAUUGGUUGCCUGAUGACUAUGCCACUAGUACGCUGCUGAUGCAAUACUACGAGAUGAAAGAAUCAGAGGUGGAACAAGCCAAAGAAUGGCUUCAUCUUUACGCUGAACUAGCCUUGUACACCAAGAAGCAGACGGAUCCGUUCAUGUUUGAGCGUUCAAAGCCCCUGGAGCUCGGAAAAGUUGUUGUGCAAACCAGAGGAGUUGUCGACUCUCUGAAAGAGGUUGAGCUGUUGGAUAAUGCAGUCUUUUUCAUAACCUUCAAAACAAGUUGCGGUGGUGUGUGGAAAGGUAUCAUCAGGAGGACAAGGGAUGAGAUUCCAGAGCAUCUAUCCCUUGAAGCCAAGUGCUUCAUGUGAUGUGAUAGUCUCUGAGGUUGACUAUGAGAGAAAUUAUAAACGUUUGUAGUUUUCUAUCUACGCUAGCAAGUAUAUCUUUUAAGUUGAUUUAACGCCUUGUGUAAUCGUAAUGUUGUCUUUUAAACUUUACUACUGGUAUUCCGGUGCUAGCGCCAGAUUCGUAUGUUUUGUUCUUACGUGAAUUUUACAAUUUAUUUAUGAUCUUCGUAAA